AUGAGGCUGAUCAUCUUCGCUAGCGCUGUCGCCGUCGCCCUGACAGCACCCCAAAACCCGGAAUAUCUUGCCGAAACGCUGUCGGACGAGCGCCAGGACAAUGGGGACGGCAAUUUCAGAUACUCUUUCCAAACCAGCAACGACAUCAGCGCUUCUCAGGUCGGCACGCCUGGGAUUCUGGGUCAGAGUAACGUGCAAGGGUCAUUCAGAUUUCCUCUCACCACCGGCGGAUUCGCAGAAGUGUCUUACAUCGCCGACGAGAACGGCUACCAACCCACGUCUGACCUGCUGCCCACGCCGCCUCCCCUUCCAGCCCACGUCUUCGAGCUGCUGCGAAUAGCUGAUGAACAGCGCGCGCAAGGAAUUACCUUCAACUAGAUUUCAGGAAGAAUUAUUUAUAUCUGAAUGCCAGUUUUGGGAAAGGUCAAUCGUAGAAGUGUAGUGUAAUAGUGUUACGGCGAGGGCAUCUCAAUUUGCUUUCUGUAGCGGUAUUUUGUGUAUUUUCUAGACAUGACACAAUAGUUUUUUCUUCACAAUGACACGACUCUAUACAUCCUUCUGCCACCAGACUUUCAGCCACGGAAGGAGCCACAUUCGGCGGGACAAAAUGAAAAGGAGCGGGAGGUGAGCAUCAAACAUGGGAGGGCGAGGACGUUCAGGUCGUUAAACAACUUGGGUCAUUAAAAUUGACUUAAAUGCGACUUUGCAAUUUUUCCAGUUUGGAACUUACCCUUUACGAUUUUUUUUCUUUUUUUCGUGGGCUGUGUGAGUUUGGGAGAGGGGGUGAGCAUCGAUUUUUACUCAGUAAAAUCAAAGGAUACAGUCAGAACCGACCAACAAGUAAGGGUGCUUUAAGGAUUAUUAUACAAUACUGGGUAUUAUGUCCGUGGUUCGCACAUUUCCUCUUUGUAUAUUCAAUAAAGAAUAAAAUUCCUUGAACUUU